AUGUUUCGAAGUCGCAAGAAGAGGGAUGCCAAGGAUGCAGCAGAAGGAGUAGGGCGAGGAUCCAGCGACGUUGAACACACUCCGAUUACUAAAUCCUCGAAAACCUUCAGACUUGGAAAGAAAAAGGAAGAACCAGAACCGAAAUUGGAAUUGGACCUUGAGAAUGCUUUACCGUCAUCUGAUGACUUUCGAACGAGUCUGUUAAUGAAUGGAUUAUCGGCUCGAUUUUCCAUGUUACGAGAACAAGAUGAUCCAACUUCAAAGAUUGGUAAGGCUAGUGAUGAUAGUGUAUUGUUUCCCAAACGAGCUUCGAAAUUAAUUGAUUUCGGAUUUCAAGGACACGGUCUUUCUGAUAUCGCAGAGGUAUCGUCAAUACACGGAUCGGUUCGACCGCCAAUCGCCUUCCUUAGGACUGAUUCAUACGGCGAUGGUUAUGGAACGGAUGAUGAAUCUGUACACACCGGUAGUAUUAUGAGUCGACCAAAACCAGGCGAGGGCAACAUUCUUUUCGGUGGUCGUCAAAAGAUUUACAAAAUUCCCGCAGGAUCAAAGAGUUCAGGUGAUGGAGUUGGUUUGGGUGGUCGUGUAUUAUAUGACAAUGAUGUUAGUCAGUCGGCUUUCCAAAAGUUGCGAGAAAAGGAGAGGGAACAACAAUGGGAAGAGCGAAACGAUGAUGAAGAUAACAACGCGGAUAUGUCGACAGCAGGGCACUCGAGAGCUGGUUCCCCACCACUGGCUGGAUACAAUCGUAAUCGGGAAACAUCAUCUACCACCUCCUCUGGACCAAUUAACACAAGGAGUUCUACAGCUGCAACAUCUAUCACUUCACAACGUACCCCAUCUUUGAGUGGAUCUCAUACACCGGUUUCAGCAGGAGGCUCUAUAUCAAAUUUCGGUAUGGAUAGAUCUUCAACUAAAAUGCGCCGACUAUACGAAAAUGGCUUGGACCAACAUGUGCAUGAUCAACAGCAUUCGACCAUGAAUAGAAUCGAUACCCUGACCAGACAACGUGGUAUGGGCUCCCAAACUCCUCCACUUACGAUGAAUUCGCCUACAUCGACUACCACUCACAAUGCAGCUGACAAAUGGGAUCGCAAGCCAGUACUUGCUAAAGGUAGUAUGCCUGAAUUGCGUGCCGCGAGUCCACCACCUAAUUAUGGUCUUCCGUCUCCCAUUAGUGGGUUCGACUUUGGUCCAAUUGCAAAGUCAACUCACUUGGCGGUAGAGCCGAAAUCACAAUACGGAUUUUCAAACCCUCCUUUGAGUCCUCCAGUCAGUGAAAAUGAUGAAGCUGCACCACCAUCACAAGCUAAUGACGGGAUCAAGGCUAUGAUGACUAAUGCACCCCCUAAGUCGGGUCAACAGUAUGACGAGAACAAAAAUCAUCAGCAACAGCAUCAAUUCCAAAUGAAAAAUGGAAGAGAGACAUCGCCUCCAAGAAAGCAUUCCCCGCCAGGACCUUUUGUCCCAAGACAACAACCUGGACCACGAGUUCGGACCGAUUCCGGUGCAACAGACCAUCCUCAUCAAAGACAUUUCCCACCUAAAGAUCGUGCUCCCGAGCUACAAUCCCCGAAGCAACCACGAAUUAUAAUUCCUGGAAGUGAAACUAGUCCAGUACCAUUCAUAGGUUCUCCAAAUGGUCGUCCAUUAGCAUCUCCUACUAGAUCGGAGUUUUCUACCAAGUCACAAAUCAGUCGACCAUGGGGACUUCCUCAACCCCGCAGUUUUCCUAAUCUGAAAUAUCGUAAUCACCAGGAUCCAUCAAUGACACCACGACCCGAUGAAUCACAACAUCCAGCGAAUCAGCCAACUACUCCCGCCACUCGAGGUCCACAGCAGCCACUACCUGCGCCCCCAAGCAGCCCUCCAAAGUAUUUGGAAAUUAAGACAACACCACCCGAUGACGGUGAGAGACAGCCUGAAUCUCCAGCGGACUCCCCAACCCUCCCAGGUUUGAGUGGAAUGGUCCGCUCACAUUUGCGAUCUGACAGUGACAGCUCAUCUAUAUACGGAAUAACCUCAUCAGGAUUUAAUCAACAAAUAUUUUCUAAUCCUAUUGAACAAGCUACUCAGGAUUCCAAUGAGAGAAGAAACCCUUGGGACAUCAAUGAUUGGGACGAAACCCCAGAAAGUCCUUUUGUCAAAGUGAAUAGUGCCGUUCCCGCACCUCUUGCAGUGAUGUCGACGAAUUUGGAUACCGAGGUUGAGUCUACACCAAAGGCCGCAUGGGAAUUAGAGAUGGAAUCACGUCACAAUAGAGAUGGAAGUUCAGCUACACAGCAAGAGCGACAAGAGUUCAGAGACGAACUCGCCCAACGUCGAAGGCAAGUCCAAGAAAAUUUGAAAAGCCUAGUGAUUGAACCUGAGCGCCAGCCCGAACGCCAGAUUACUUCACCUACGCCAGGUUCCGCCGUUCUAUUGAAAACCAAGGCCAGCCUUGGCGCAUUGGCAUUGAAGCAGAAGGAAGCCGCUGGUCAAUCUAAAGCCAUGAAAUUGUUUGGAAUGAGCAGCAACCCAAUCCCACAGAAUGGACCUCCACAACCAUUCAAGCAGAGAAUCGAUGACAACUCAUGGAAGGAUGAAGAAGAGGAAAUGUUACGAAAUGCCGUUAACUCAACGCCUCCUCAGGUGAAGGCUUUCCGACAAGCUCGACGAGAUGCACAACGUGAUCGUGAGCAUCAAAUCUUUACGAGGAAUCAGCAAAAUGGCGAAAGUGGAUUUAAUGAGAUCAGUUGGUCAAAUCCCAGGCCUAGUGACCCCCGACAAGCGCAUCCUUAUGAGCCAAGACAAUUGCAGGGAAUGAAUGAUGGAUUUGCCAAUUCCGCACCGCGUCAAAGAGCCCAAAGUCGAGAAAGAAAACCUCCACCAGUGACACAUUCCCAACGCAAUGCAAACAGAGAAAGUAAGGGUAGUAUCGCUACGAAUAAUUCUGGAUCACGACCUGCAUCUCGUACUUCUCGUGAUCGUUCGGGUUCUGAUGCUUCUGGCCGAUCCAAGAGCCGCAAUGGCCGAUACAGAGAUGAUCUAGCUAAAGCGAUGGCUGAGGGAACGGGUAGUUCAAGCCAAGGAGUUGUUGAGGAUCUUCAAAAUGCCCGCCUCAUGCUCAAACCUACCGCGUCAGGUAUAUCCCCUGGUUCAUCCCCAGGUUUUCCACCCGGUCUUUCUGGUCGCCCUUCUCCUCUCCCAUCUCCAUCAAUGGGCUCAGGACCCAGGAGUAACAUGAAAGCACAAGCUUCAAGUUACUUUGAACCACAGCAUAUGCAGGCACUUCAAACCGGAGAUGCAUUGGAAAUUGGUAUUUCACCUAGACCAUCACCACUCACCCCAUUCUCCGUUCAUUCUACACCAUCUUUGAUCGACCCAUCAUCAAUUGGGCCACGAUCAACAACUCCAACAUCUUCUAUGGCAAAUGGCCACAUAGCCGCCCGUAAGAAGUCUAUCACCAAAUCCGAGAUCUCGGAACCAACUUUCAUAUCAUCCACUUCUCGCAUCUCAACAAUUAACCUCCCACCUGGAUCGAGCCUUCAAAAUGGUAUUGUUCCGCCUAUUCCUGCUGUUAAUCCGAGAAGAAGACAAACUAGAGCUAUGUUUGGUGCGAUUAUGGGCAAGAAGGACUCUUCUGAAUAUCUGGAAAGAAAUGAGAUAUCAUUGAACACGCAGAGUAGUGAAGAGAUGAGCACAUUCUCAGACGAGGAGGUAAAACCCAAGGAGAAACAAAAGCAGAGAUUGAGGAAGAGUUCGAGCGAAGGAGGCAAUUUAAAUGUUAAAGCGAGAGAAAAGGCGUACAAUGCGCCAAGUCCGGCUAUGCCAGAUUUUCCUCCUGGAAUUGGGGCUGCGAGAGGGCCAACCCCAGUUCAGGACGGAAGUAUGUUUUGA